AUGACGGCAUCCAGGCACAUCAAGAUGCAGUUUACGAUCAACCUGCUGGCACAGUUGGGCUGGCUGGUGAAUCAUCAGAAGUCGGAGCUGGAGCCGACCCAAGAUCUACAGUUCCUGGGCAUCAGAUUCCUGACGCUAGAGAAUCGCAUCCUGGUGCCCGACGACAGAUGGCAGAGCAUCCAGUCGUGCAUACCAGAUGCCCUCAACUCUCCACUAGACUUAAGAACGUGGCAGCAACUCUUGGGUCUACUGACGUCAGCACAGGCUCUCACACGCAAAGGAAGAUUGCAACUUCGACCGCUACAGAGGUUCCUGAUAGCUCAUGUAGACGAUGUCCAGAAAUUUGCCAUCCCACAACAUCUAAAGCAGUACCUGCUUUGGUGGACAGUAAGAUCGAAUGUUUGCGGCGGAACCUGUUUGAGAGAGCCAGAUUACGACCUUCAUCUCUACGUGGAUGCGUCACUCCAAGGCUGGGGGGCACAUCUCAACGACGAGGUUGCACAUCAACCAGCUAGAACUGAAAGCAGUAAUAGAAGCAGUUCUACAUUGGGAGACGCAGUUAAAAGAUCAGGUCCUGAUGAUACACACAGACAACUCCACGGUGGACUUUUACAUAAACCUGCAAGGGUCCACAAGAUCAGCGCCACUGCUUCAACUGACGUUCCAGCUGUUCGACAUCGCAGACGAAAUCAACCUGAAGAUGAGGGCUUGCCACAUCCCAGGGGCGAAGAACGUCCAAGCCAACGCCCUAUCCAGACCAGUACAGCCAUCUCCCACAGAGUGGAAGUUACAUCCAGAGGCGUUCCAGUGGGUAACAACAUAACUAGGCCGUCCCCUCAUCGACCUGUUUGCAACCCGUUUCAACCAUCAGGUGACAACGUUUGUCUUUCGCCAGUGCCGGACCCGCUGGCAUGGGCUGUCGACGCCUUAGCCAUAUCCUGGGAAGGAAUGAAGACUUACGCCUUCCUUCCACCGAUCCUGCUACUACAAGUACUACGCAAGAUCAACCAGACGAGGGUGCUACAACUGAUUUUGAAUCGAGGAUACUCCACUAGAGCAGCCAAGGCAGUUACCUUGGCUCUACGAAGAUCUACACGUAACCCGUAUGAUGACAAGUGGAGAAGCUUUGACCAGUAUGCUGUUCGACAGGGGUUCACGGCCAGGAAGGUGACACACCCACAAGUAGCAGACUACUUGUGUCUGAGGUCCACUAGACAUCUGAAGGGCUCUACAUUGUCUACACACCUUGCGGCAAUCAGCUCUGUCAUCACCAUGAAGACAGGCGUGAAGUUGACCAAGGUGCCUGAACUAGUGGCCCUGCUGAGAUCAAGUUAG